CCCAACACCCUCUUAACGACGUCUUUCUCUUUUCCGAGACAUAUUCUUUGUUUUCCUACCAUCUUGCCAUCUCACCAUCUCCAAAGGCCCCCUAUCCUGACAAGGAUCCUCUCGCGCUCUGGCAGAUUCUUUGCCUCGGCCUCGGUGGCAAGCCUCCCACCUGAGAUCUCCCGCAAGAUCUAACGACCAUGAGCGCCAUCUUGUCGGCGGAUGAUCUCAACGACUUCAUAUCGCCCGGUGUCGCCUGUAUCAAACCGAUCGAAACCCUCCCCAAAGAUGACAACUCCAACCCCUACGAAGUCACUACCGAAGACAAAGUCCAAGCCUCUAAUCCUGCCCCCGCCUCCAUCUCCUUGACCGAUUGCCUCGCGUGCUCCGGUUGUGUCACUUCGGCGGAAGCUGUCCUCGUUUCUCUACAGUCGCACACCGAAGUCCUCAAUACCCUUGACUCAUUCCCAUCCUUGGAUUUGAACCACCUCAAGGCCUAUCAGGAUGGCCUUUCAAACGGACAUGGCGCACCUCCGGCGGAUGCCAAAGUGUUUGUCGCUAGCAUCGCGCCCCAAGUCCGAGCCAGCAUCGCCGCCACCUUUGGCAUAUCCGAAACCAAAGCAGGAUUUAUGAUCGAACAAUUUCUCAGUGGUUCACAGGGGCUACGGAUAGGCGGACAACAAAACAGCGGAUUUACCUACAUUGUCGACACCAACAAGAUGCGCGAAGCCUGUCUCGUACUAGGAGCAGAAGAGGUGGCGAGUGCUUUGGCGGACAAAUCGAAGCCUAAGCCAGUCCUGACCUCGGCUUGUCCAGGUUGGAUCUGCUACGCAGAGAAAACACAUCCUCAUAUUCUACCACAUCUGUCCGCACUCAAGUCACCCCAAGCUCUGUCAGGAACCCUUCUCAAGUCCGUCUUGAGCAAGACUCUUGAUAUUCACCCCUCGCAGAUCUGGCAUCUGGCCAUCAUGCCUUGCUUUGACAAGAAACUUGAAGCCAGCCGACAAGAACUGACCGAUCAAUCAUGGGCGUCUCCAGACCUUCCUGGACAAGGCCCCAUUAGGGACGUUGAUUGCGUUAUAACCUCUCGCGAACUUCUGUCCUUGGCUUCUGCGCGUGGUAUCGAAUUGUCAUCAUUGCCCCUCAGCCCUCUGUCAGCUGCGGAUCGCAUCCCUUUCCCUGAUUCCAAACUGUCCAAAUUCCUGUUCCCCAAACGCCGGCCGAGGGAGGAGCAAUCUGCCGCCGCAGGCUCAUCAGGAGGCUACCUCUAUCAUGUCCUUCGGUCCUUUCAGACAAGCCACCCCGGCAGCACCAUUUCAGUACAGCGCGGGCGCAACGCUGACGUUGCCGACUACACCUUGAUCUCCGAGGACGGUCGGCCCAUUAUGAAAUGCGCCCGGUAUUAUGGGUUCCGCAACAUUCAGAAUCUCGUGCGCAAGUUGAAGCCUGCCAGGCAAUCGAAAUUGCCAGGGGCUGCCAGGCGAAAUGCGGCAGCCGCGGCAAACACCGGGAGUGAAUACGCGUAUGUCGAGGUCAUGGCCUGCCCUGGUGGUUGUACCAACGGCGGAGGCCAGAUCAAAGUCGAAGACGCCGCGAAUGUACUACCAGCCACCAGAGGCGAGACCACUGAAGGAGUGGUUGCGGGUAGUACGGCAACGCCGCAAGCCCAGAAAGAGUGGCUCGCCAGAGUGGAUGAGGCAUACUAUUCAGCAGAUUCCUCUGAAGAAGAGAUGACCAAUGGUCACAAAGAGGAGGAAGGGGAGGAUGUGGUUAUGACUAACGGUGACGCGCAUGAUGACGAUCAUGGAUCCCAGCCCAGUACAAUGGUGAACGGCAUCAAUGUAUCGCAGGUCCAGAGCAUGCUGGCAUACUGGGCAGACUUGGUACAGGUACCGGUGCAAACACUUGCCUACACGACAUACCGCCAGGUUGAGAGUGAUGUGGGCAAAACCAAGGCCAAGAAUAUGAAUGAUACGGAACGCAUUGCUCAGAUUGCCGGUAUGAGCGGUGGAGGAUGGUAGGAUACAGAUGAUCUGAUUCGCCGUUAUAAACUGCAUAUGUUCACGAGAGAGAGGGUCAUCAUCAUAAAGACACUGCAUGUAUAGAACAAGAUACCCACGAUAAUGACAAAGUUCGAUAUUGUUCAGGAAGCCAAGUGGUAGUUUGUCUAACCAGAAUCAAGUCAUUUCC